UAACAAUCGCAACUUCCAAACGACCCCUUACAAUUGGGGAAAGAAGUGGGGCGAGAAGACACCUCCAGAUUUGUGAAUCAAGAGCUCCGCAAACCGACUUAAAUACAGGAAUGGCAACAACACAAUUGGGGAAGCUCCAUCGUGAGCAGCAGGGUGUACCUCAGCUAAUUUACUCUUUGGAUACAAACUCCUUUGAGUCCCUUGUUCAUUAAGGAUUCGUAAAUUUUAGCACCGCUGGUUCAACUUGCUUCAUUCCUCCAUUUAUUUUUCUAUGGAUAACAAAAACAAAAGAAAAUAUCAAAGAAAUAAAACAGUGGAGAAGCUAGUUCUUUUUUCCGACAUGACUCCUGCGAGUUCCUGGCGAGGCUCCGGUGACCCCUCUCCAACGAGUUUUCGUGGAAAAUUUUCAGCUCCCUCGUCAUUUCAUCACUUCCACCUCGACCCUACUUGAGUCUCCAGGUUUGUUUUUAACCUUUGCUUAUCAAUUGUUGGAGAAUCGGAUUAGGGUGUGAGGUGAAUUUUUGUGAAUUAAUGCUUGAAUUUAGAAAUUAGGGCGAAAGAUUAGUCGAAUAAUGUGUUUGAAUGAUGUUAGAUGAUGCAUGAACUUAAUUGAGCCUUGUUGGGCAUAAAUUUUGGUGCAAUCUGUGGUUGAAUGGGAAAUUUGCCCACCAAGUGCGAAAAUGUGAAUGAAUGUGGAUCAAUGAUUGUGGUUGAUGGUUGGAAGUCAUCGGGGUAUGGUUUAGGUUUAAUUUCAUGUGUUGAUAAUCCGUGAACCACCUAGAACCAUGCCUCGAUGAGAUUUGUGCGCAUUUGAGCUUAGUUGUCCAAAAGUCGGUCUUAUGAAAGCCUUCAAGGCACAGGACCGUAGUGGAAGCCUAAGUGUGGGGGAAAUCUUUUCCCCACUUGAUGUGAAACUGACAGUUAUUUCUACGUAUGGUGUGUGUUUCGAGUGUUGUUGUAUGAUGGUUGACCUGAGCCAUCCGUACUUAAUAGAGCUCAAAAGGUGGUCGAACGUUGAAAAGGAAGUGAGGUUUUGGGCACUGUCUUGGACUGGAGUCCACUGGAAAAUGGACUUCACUCAUAUCGAUGGCAUUUACUAUGGAGAUAUCAUGCGAGAGGCUAUGGCACACUCACAAUGGCGCCAGCAUCUCCAGUUCGAAGACAACAUCUAUGCGGAGCUGUGUGUAGAGUUCUUCAGCACAUUGUGCAUCCUGAAAGAGACCGACAAUGGGGCAACCGACUCGCUUCGUUAGUUUCCGCUUGGAAGGUGUGCCUCAAAGAAUGUCUUUCCACCAACUUGCUAAAGUAAUGGGAAUCCCGAGAGGUCGGAAGAAGUGUGGGAGGCAGAUACCCUCAAAUUUUUCGAUGCGCAAUCUGCUUUGAAGAAGUUUUACCUCCCAGAAAUGCGCCAAACCCGAUUUGUCCCAUCCCGCUCUUCGGCAUCUACGCUCAAGCCACAAUGGUGUGUCAUCAACACACUCCUUACUCAUUCUCUCUACCCAAGCUACAUGUGCGCAAACAAGAUCACCGUGAGAGCAUUGCUAGCAUUCACCUCCAUGACGGACCCCUCCAGUCAACUUCACCUUGGCUCGAAUCUGGCAACCUCUUUCAGCAGGGCUCUUAGUGGCAGUCGAUGCUACGUCACAUCUUUAGGCCCCUACAUCACCCACCUGGCUCGACAUUUCAAUGUCAACCUCGAGUGUUGCAAAAAGGGAGGGCGCUCCAUAGGAUUUGGGGAGGAUACCUUAAGAGCCAUGAAGUUGCUUCGAGUCUUCGGACCAUUUUGCUAUAUCGAGGGACUCUCCCUCCCACCAAGCGUUCCUCCCCAGGAGAAGCCACCCACCAGAGCUCCCGGCCACCGCCGGCGACCCCUGGCACCACCUUUAUCAGUUGCAUCAUCAUCAGGGGCCGGACCCUCUACCUCAAGACGCCGCCUCGAGGAGCGAGUGGAUCGCUUUGAGGCAUAUUAUGUGGGAGUCACUACUCGGAUUGACCGCACCAUCGAUCUGGUAGAGAGGAUGGCUCGCGGCCAGGGCGUCCUCUCCGAUGACGAGUAGUGAGCUUGCCACGAUGAGGUAGCCAUCGAGGGAGACACGUGGCAGAGCCGAUUUCAUUCACCCCACUUCUCCACUUGCAAACUCUGAACUCUUUUUCUUUUCUCCUUAAAUAGUGUGUGAACUAGUACCUUGUAAGUUCUUUAUGUUGAAUCGUAUUGUGGACCCUUGUUAUGUGUAAUAACCUCGCUUCGAGCGAGAAUGUUCUUGUGUUUGUGAUUUGUUUUGUUUCUCCCUUGAAGCUCAAACAUCCUACCCCGUGAAUUUCUCCAAUUGUCAUUCACCACGCCAUGUGGUAACAUCGUUCUACCCCCUAUUUUACGCCAUUGAGGGCAAUGUCGAGCUUAUGUGUGUGUGUGUGUGGGGGGGGGGGGGGGGGGUAGUAGUCUAUUAUGCUUGUGUGUGUGAGUUAAUGCUUGGAGCCUUGAUGUAUGCCCAAAUUUGAAAAAACAUUGAGGGCUCCAAGCAAUGCAUGAUCAAAAUGCCGGUUAAUGGGUAAAUCUCGUACUUAUUUGGCAUCAAUCUUGAGUUGUUACAUGUAAUAGAGUGCAUCCUAUUAUUAUUAUGUCUGAGAGUGCAUUAGGAUUGUGCAAAAGUUUAGUUCUCAUGUGUGCUUGAAUGAAUGGAUGUCUUGACU